UGACGGGCGCAGCCUCCCUGGAACCCAGUAUCCGAUUUGCCUUCGUCCUAAUCCCCAGUCACGAAGAAUCUGUGUUUGCGAUCUGUGCUUUUCGUGCUCCCUCACCCUCCACCCCCAUUUCUCUGUCUUCUCUUUUCUGUGUGUCUCUUUUUUUUCUCGCGUUCAGAGAGCGCGCAUAGAAAUAGAAUUCGUUCGUCGACAAUCCGGACGCGAUUCAAACAACACACACUGCCAUUGAUCUGUGAUCCGUUUGCUCCGAAAAAAAAAAGCAGCUCGAGCGCGCGCCGCAUAGGGGGUUGCCCUUGUCCGAUAAUGUUGCGGGCCACAGCGCUCUGGAGAGCCAUUGACCCGCGUUAAUCAUCCCCCGUUUCUCUCUUCCCCUUUGCGGUAUGCGAAUUCGCGAUCGUCGCGCAAAACCCUCAACCCCGUUGUUGUCCGACGCGCGUGUUGUUUUGCCGAUCCGCGGAAGAUUUGCGAUUCCGUUUUCUUGGCGCAUCGCCGCGGUGGUUCGCGGGUGAAAAAAAAAAAAAAAAAGAAAAAACAGUGCUGGUGGUGUGUGGACGUGAUGUUUCGCGAGCAACGUCGCUUCGCACCGAUGAAAGCGUCGUCGCCGGUUGUUCGUCAUUAAGGGAAACACGCAGAAACGAGUGGCUAUACAGAAUUACGGAAAUAUUUCCUCAGUGUCGUCAGACAUCUCUCAGAAAGUAAAAUGAUUAUGUACACGGUCGCCGAGGAUCACAUGGGCGAUAACGAGAUCGCGCAGGUGAUCGCAUUUAUAUGCGGGAUCAUAGUGGUGCUGUUGAUGAUAAUGGGGUUAGCGUCAACGGACUGGCUGAUGGCCCUCGGGUGGAGACAGGGCUUGUUCACCCACUGUAUCGAGGAAGGCGCUCCGACUCCUCUUCCCUUCAACAUACCAAACCCUCCAGGAUGUUACCCAGCGAGAGAUAGUGGUUACAUAAAAGCAGCCGCGGUUCUGUGCAUAAUGUGUCUUGUGACGGACUUAAUCGCGACGGGUUUCACUGCUCUGGGACUGCGAGCGCAGGAUCACAGAAAAAAACAGAAAUAUUACAGAAUCGCGGUAAUUUGCAUGGGUAUCGCAUUGGUGUCCCUUUUGACAGCGCUGAUUGUAUAUCCCAUAUGCUUUGCGGCCGAGUUAAAUCUUGGAAAUCGAACCAAUUGGGAAUUCGGCUGGGCGUAUGGCGUCGGUUGGGGCGCGGUUAUCUUUCUCGUUGGGGGAGCAGUAUUGUUGCUAUGCGAGAAGGAAAACGAAGAAAUUUAUUACAAAGAGAAGAAGACUGUACGCGAUGACAUAGGAAGUGGUGGCUCGAUGAUUGGCCAUCAUGGUGGACGAGGUGGAACGCAGCUAGCCUAGUGGCAUUGCUCCCUGCCCGAUGUUGUUCUCUAGGUGAUUUAGUUUAUCACAAUUCCGCUCUCACAGUCUGACACACACAGUUUGCGCAUACGAGACGACAUACGAAAUAUCGGAAUAUCAACGUCCAUAAAAAUGGUUUUAUCGGUAGAUAAUGGUAUUUUGGCUAAAACGCGAAGAAAAACUACUUUUGCAGAUUCUUCGACCGAUUUAUAGUAUAUGUAAGAAUUUCUUUUUUUUUUUUUUUUGAGUACGUGAAUGCGAAUAAAUAUGAAUGUCCGAAUUCUUUAUGAUUUAACUUUUACAAAACGUAAAGAUAAAAUAUCUUGUAUCGUGUAUGUAAAAUUUUCAUAUCACAUUUUUGAUCCCAGUAGGUGUAAAUCGAUUUUUUUUUAUUCAAAAUUGAUCGAAGAGUCUGCAAAUGAAAUUGCUUGGAGAAGAAAUAUCUGGAAUCCGUUUAAUUACAUUAAUGUUGUAUUCCAAUUAUAUUAUCGGUUUGAUGUAGGACAUAUACAAUGUGACAUGUCAUUAAAGAAAUAAUUAUUUCGAUAUUUUUAUAUAUUUUUUUUUUUUUUUACUAUUUGUUACUUAGCGAUCAUUACUCUUUUAUACUGACAAUUUCGGGACCAUUAUUAACUUGAGUCAUUUCGUACAUUUUGCAUGAUCUCGAACAAUUUUAUAUACACACAUUGUACGUUUUUUUUUUUUUUUUUUUUUAUUGUAAUUUAUGCUGCAAUUCUCGGCAAAUUGUAAGAUAACUCGCAAAUUGGUCUCGUAAAAUUCUCGUACAAUCUUGGAAGUGCAUUUCUAUGCGUCUUAUGAUCGCGCAAAUAACUUACGAUUUCUCAAAAAAUCUGUAAAAUUGUAAUGCAACCUCUUGCAAUCGUCUUGUAAGCCAAAAAAUUUCAUAAUUUUACAAUUGUACAUUUGCUUGGAAUUACAGCAAUUAGAAUCGGAAAGUUCAACUGUACAAUGUAACAUUUGUAUUUAGUAGGAUAUUUAUAUAUAUAACUUCUAUAUUUCCAUUUCUAAAAAACAGAGAUAGACAAUUUUAGAGAAUUUCAAGUUUCUUUCAAAUACCAACACUCACACACUCACAACUUUGCACAAAUUACUUGGAUUUAAAUUGUUUUUAGUGUAAUUUAAUUAAACUUUACAUAUUUCUUUGUAAUAAAUCCAAAAUUAGAUAUAAUUGAAAGCCAAAUGGAGAGAUUCUGUUAUUAAAAAAAAAAACAACUUUCUUCGAGUUCAAGCGCGUUGUUUUAAACAGUAUUUCAAGUUUGAGGCUUUAAAUAAACUUAGUGAAAGAAUUACCAAAAAAAAGAAUAGCGCCCGAUUAAAUUUUGUAAACAUUUGAUCUAAGAAAUUAAUUUGUAAAAAUAAAAGUAUACAAGUACUCGGGAUACGCUAUCUAGCACAUAUAUAUAUAUAUAUAUACAUAUAUAUAUAUAUGUAGCAUAAUUAUAUCUAAUUUUUUUACUUCUCUACGAAUAAAUAAUGCGUAGAGAAGUGUGUGCGUAUUUUGUUUUUAUUUCUCGCAAUUCAUUUCUUUCUGUAAUCAUUCUUUUUCAAUCCUCGCCCAGCGAACUCCGGGUCUUUAGAUUUUUCAUUCAUUCGUCGUCCGAGGAUUAAACAUAUCUGUUACUUCUGGUGUUCUAUCAAUAAAAAUUGAUUACUACACAGAUUGUCCCAAGAAUAAUAUGACAGAUCGGAUUGGAGAUAUAAUACUCGAAGGUUUUCUUAAGCAAAACAACCAAAAAGAAUACAGACAUAUAUAAAUGUAACAUUAAAUGUAGAACUUUAAAACAAAGAUUAUGAUUUCAAAAUGGUAAAACUAGGAGAAUUUAUUAAUAGUUUAACUGCCGAUUUCUUCAUAUCUUCCGAUAGCUGUCCUCCUUGAUUAAAGAUAUACUUUAUCUUUUAGAUAAAGUUAUCGAAAACUCAUUUAGAGGUGAAGAAAUUAGGCAUAAAACAAGUUAUUGAGAAAUAUAGUAAAUAUUAUAAAAAAUCAAAAGAGACUUCAAGAGAGGAAAUUACAGAGAGAAAUUUAUGUUUUUAUCGAUAAAAAAGAAAAAUAUAGUAAUAUACACACAACACAUUUCUCACGUGCAAUGUGAGAUUUGAUAACGUAAAUCUGAGAAUUUGCCGAAAAUGUUUGAUCUUAUUUCAUCAAAUCUAUUUAAAAAUUCGCUAACAGUACCACUUCCGUCCGAACAGUCGCGCGACUCGUCUCAUCUAGGACAAUCUGUAUUUUUGCAAUCGGAACUUUUGAACGUUCGAAUAAUAAGAGAAACUCAGUAAAAAAAAUUUUGUUUUCUCACUCUCCCGCAAGUGAGAUUUCACAGCUUCAAAGAAAACAACACACAUAUGUAAAUCCACAUGUAUAAGAUUUGUCAUAAAAAAAGUCUUUUGAGAAUUUAUAUUUGAAGCUUCACUUUUUUUUUAUUCCACAGAACACUCGCGUGCGCGAAAAAAUUUACUUCCGAGUAUUCUGUUUUAUAAAACUACGGAAGCUUGUACAUCUUUUUUUUUUUUUUUUCCCCAAUUGCCUUAGUCACGUCUUGUUGAUUCUUCCAAUCAAAUCUUAUCGAAAACUGUCAGAUGUGUUACUGUCUUCUUGCGUCGAACUUUCUGUAAAUGUAAUGUACAUACCAUAGAUACUAGUAAUUUAUUUGUUUGUUUUUGUUGUGCACACACUCACACUCAUCCUUAUUUUUUCUUACUUUUUUCCUUUGUUCUUUUUCUCUCCUUUUCUUUCACUUUUCAUACAUAUACAAUCCCACUUAUAUUACUAUAUGCAUAUUACAUAAAAAGUAUAUAUAUAUAUAUUUAUACACACCAAAAUCUGCAAAUAUUUUAUUGCGUGUCAUAAAUCUUUGAUAUGCGUAACGUGAGAGCAUACCAUGCGGAAAGAAAAUAAAUUUACUUUUAAUAUAUGAUUUCUUUGUUUUUGACAAAUCCAAAAGCCAAAUUUAGUUUUAAUUUUUACAAAUUUACCGCUGCAAAGAAACGGUUAUAAAUUGUCUCACUGAUUUGUAACAAUCAGAGAUAUCUGUAUCUGUAAUAAUAUCUGUAAUAAUAUUGCAGACUGAACCGCGCUUUCUUUUUACAAAUAAUUUAUUAUUUGAAUAUUACUCUGACAAAGAGAAAUGAAUAUAAAAGUCUUAGUUUUCUCGAGUUUUUUUUUCCUUUAUAAGUGGUUUGUUACUCGUUAAUUGAACGGAAAAUACGAAUACGCGUUGCUAUACUGAAAAAAAAAAAAAAAAAAGACAAUUCGCGACUGAAGUUUACGAUUGAUUUGCCACGAUUGUUGUGUACCGUAUGCCAACUGUCAUCCUCUCGUAUCUUGUAUUGUACUUCAUUCAUUACGAAUAUCAGAGAAGAAUAAGUUAAUUGUAUAGCACCCCAGUAUGUGUAUCGAAAAGAAUAUGGACCUCUUCUGCAGCGUAAAAAAGCAAUCAGAGUCCCCGAACGUAUCGAAAAAAAAAAAAGGUUUUUGCAUCGAGAAGCAAAGCGUGUAGCAGCGUUUGUUAGCGAAUGUCUUAUUACCUCAUGUAUCCAUGUUUAAGUUUAAUUAACAAAGCACAAAAUGUUUAAGUGUGGGAUUGAACAGAGGCAGCUCGGGCAGAUGUUAUUUAUUGCGUUGUUUGCAUUUAGAGACGUGUACGUAUAUGUGUAUAUAUAGAUAUAAUAUUUUAUAAAAAAAAAGUACCAUAGUAGUUUUUAGAGUGAGCCUUAUACACUUGCAGAUAUUAAACGGUCCGAUGCAACCACACGCGGUAUACUCUACGUUGACGAAUUGAAUUCUCCUAUACAGUCGGAUUAACAUCAACGCGCAGUUACAGUUGUUGCGAUGCAAUUUCUAUAUAUGCUUUUUUUUCUAAAAAAAAAAAAAAAAAAAAA